UUCCCACCCUUACCACAACUCUGUGUAGGAAUAAUGCCACUGACGACCAGCUCCAAACAGGGACGUAUCUCUGAUUCUGAACAGGCUCUUCUUUCCUCCACAUCUACCUUACUUAACGUGUCUCCUGGCUGCUUUCCGAAAGCCUCGCCAAUUUCAGUCCUAGGAGAUUCGUUGCUUCCUCAAUGCCAUAGUUCAGCAACCGGAUACUUAUGCCCACCGGUCGCAAGAUCUAAUUUUUCUGAUACUACCGCCACCCGCACCGUUGCCAUAGGCCCCAAAGAGGGCUCUGUCAAAGAUGAUGAUGAGGAGAUGGUUCAGUUGGCUGGAUCAUUGAGCAACACUCUUGGCUUGUUAGGUGACAUCCAGUCUGCUGGCGGAAUGCAAGCCCCUCAUGACGAUACUAAAGAGUCAGAAUCAAUUGUUGGAUGCCUUCGACAAUUGCGGCAUAGGAACGAUUCGCGUUCCAGUCAGGAAUCGGGCACAAGUGGAAGCGUCAGCACAGUUUCCAAAUACUGCUUCGAAUCUAGACUCCAAUCGGCCUCUCGAUCAGAGCCAACGGAAGAGGAUUGUCUGGGUGUAUUUAAUAUGCAUCAGGAUGCCGACGCUACGGAAGCAUUGAGUGAUCAACCGAGUCCUAUCCUUGUUGAGUGGAUGCGACGUCGCCUCUAUUAUUUCUUUAUGUCGCCUGUCGAGAAGUUCAAGACCAAACGCCGCCUGCCUUAUACGUUGAUAAUACAGCUCUUAAAGAUUUUGAUAAUCACAAUUCAGGUGUGUACAUUUUUACAGCAUCUUUAA